AUGGACCAAUCGCAACUUCCGGAGCUAGUGAGGGAUACUGAACUGCGAACACGAUUCGACCAGCAUUACACAAUCCACGAGUUUCUCGAUGCCCCCCACUCUCUUGUUCCCCCUCGACAGGAAGUGUGGAAGAAAGUCAGAGCCAUUGGCCGCGGCGGCUUCUCCUACGUCUUCCUUGAAAAAUGCGUCCAGGGGCAGGAAGAAGGCUCUCCGCAUACACGUGCGGUGAAAGUGAUUCCUCUGACUCAAGGCUCUGACACCAGGUCAUACUCUCGAGAGCUCGAAGCUGUAGCCAAGUUCUCUCAACGGAAGUUCAAGACUUAUUUUGUGAAGUCUUUCGGAUGGUAUUCGAGUGCAGAAGAGCUUUUCAUAUCUCUCGAAUAUUUCCCUCUCGGAGAUUUGCAGACCUACUUAAACAGCACGUCACGUAUUUUUGAUGAUGACGCACGAGAAAUUACACGACAAGUCCUGUGUGGGCUUAAUUCCAUGCACAAUGAAGGUUUUGCACAUCGCGAUUUGAAACCCGCGAACAUCCUGAUCAAGUCCUGUCCACCUUCACCUUGGUGGAUCAAACUUGGUGAUUUCGGCCUUAGUAAAAGAACUGAUGCAACGCAGAUGCCGAGUGUUGCAGGUGGGACAUCAGGUUUCAUGGCACCCGACAUACUCGAAACAAUCUACCUUGGCAAUUGCAACACAAAUGGAACACCAGACAUCAUUCCACACGAGAGGUGGAUUGCUGCUGAUAUUUGGAGUCUGGGAGAAGUUGUAGUCCGAAUGUUAUCAGGCAAAGCAACAUUCCGGUCGCACGAGCACCUGAUGGGCUAUUCUCGUGGCACACGAUCAUUUCCUGUUUCCAACUUGAAGGAUUCAGGGAUAAAUUCGGCGACGAUUGAUUUUGUUCAGAAAGCCAUGACUGCCAAGGCUGCCGACCGCAUUACUUCUCAAGCUGGCUUGGCCCAUCAUUGGGUAAAAGUGUCAACCGAUCCGAACACGGCUUUUCUACCACGUUCUUUACCUGAGCUGGAAAGCAAUGCGAAUAAGACUGUCUCUUCAACGGAUUAUAGAGGCUGGACCACGUCUAAGCUUUUGACGAAUACGCCACCUAUCCUGAUGAAUUCAGUAUCCCAGGUGUCCAACUCACAGCCCAAAGAAAGCUUUCAGACGUCAAUAAAACGCAAACCACUCCCUGCCUCGCCUGUUGUCGAUUACAAGAGUCUUUCAAGUACAACAAAUGAGGCUUCGAUUAAUGUCCGCUCGUCUCCUGGCACCGAAAGUAAUAUUCAUUCUGAUGGAACUACUUCAACUGAAAUGCUGGCCUUCAUGAAUUCUGCGGAUUCCCAGUCAAGUGUAGCUCUCUCUUCCAUACCUACAGGCGUUCAGCCCGGAACUCGCAUCGAUAUAGCGGCAUAUCCUCCCGACGAACAACAUCCACUGGACUAUGCUGUGGGGGAAGAGGGACAGGUUCAGCUGGGGCUGUCUCCGCCAGAAACGGUCGAUCUCAAAGAAAUCAUCAUAUCGUUGAGAUUCUCGCCUGAUUCACAGAGACUAUUCAUAGCAACUGCAACAGAGUUCAUUUCUAGGAACCAAACCACUCAACCAGCCAACGAGGAACAGCACAAUUUCCCGCAGGGGAUCUUGUGCUGUCCCCUUACCCCAGAUCCACGAAACGUUGUUCUAAUCACGAUUGAUGGCGAGAUCCAGCUCGCCGAGCUGGAAAGUAAACUUACGUUUCGGACUAUUCUGAGGCUGCAUCAUCACCCGAGCUGUGCUGCCGUCUCGUCCGAUUCUGAGCGCAUUGCAUAUGUUUACAAUGAUAAAUCGAUAAUCAUUUUGGGCCAUUCACCAGCGAAACUUUUCAGAAAGCUGAAGCCUCUGUUUGGUGGGCACAAAGAGCCUGUACAUUGGGUGAAUUUUGAUUCCAAUGGAGAUGUUAUCUCAAUCUGCCGUGGAGGCCGCCUAUGUAUCUGGGUAUCUGCAAAAGGCUAUGAUGGAACAAGAUUAAAUGUUCCUCUGGCAAAGGAACCCACCCAUGUGGCAUUUGCCAAGUCUUCACGCGCUAUUGCGGUUGCCUCUGGAGGGACUAUCAAGACUUGGUCUAGACAGCCGGGGCAGCCUCUAUAUAGAGGUAAUUGGUAUGGAAUCUCUAGACGAAGUCCAGUGGUUUUCAUGGAGUUCUCCUCGUGUGGAUCUCGCUUGUAUCUUGGUUUGAGAGACGGUUCUUGUGAGCUAUGGAGAAUUCCAGGUGAUGAAGACCCUGAUCUAGUGGUCACGCUUUCGGGAAAGGUUUGGCUGCCAAGUUGGACUUCGAAUGCGAUUGCACUGUCCCCUGACGAGUCGCGUCUUGCUCUUUCCACUGGCACACACUUACUGACGAGGGACAUUGGGAAAGCUCUUCAGGUCUACAACAUUCUGAAUCAUUUUCGUCAUGCUGUAUUUGCAGAUCUUUCCGCAGACGGCACGAAAGCUGCGUCUUUUUGCCCGGUAUCUGUUGGGCAGGAAGUCGAAACCCAUCAUUAUAUUGUCAUAAUAUGGGACCUUCAAACUGCAUCAAUCAUGCACGUCUUACAAAACAAGAGCAACGGCGUGCAUAUUGUAGCCUUCUCGCAAGAUUCGCGACGUCUAGCCGUGGUCUCACGUGACGGUGUCACAACCUUCUGGAGAGUUUCCACGGGCAAAGUGAUUUCUGCCGUCGGCGAGCCAAUUCAAACGGGAUGCAGUCUAUCUUGCGCAGCAGUGUCUCCCGACUUCCGUUACGUGGUGACCGUAGAGCGUAGCCUCAAUCAAUGGCGCAUUUGGAUUUGGAAUACCGAGACAGGUUCUACCGAACAUUCUCUCGGCUCGUACGAGCUUCCAGACACAGAAGAGUCAAAAACGGCAAAAGGUCCACCUUAUUCCCCACCCGGGACUCUAACGUUCUUGAGCAACUCGAGAGACUUUAUCGGUGGCAAUGAGUACGGUAUUCUUAUCUGUGACGUUCUCGAGGGAAACAUUCAAAAUCGUUCAUCAAGCACCUCAAGAGCUUCCCAACGAGCGCCAUGGGACAAAGAAAGUCGCGAACGAUCCACGAAGUGGAACGCGGACGAAUAUGCAUACCAUUGGGUUGACGGUCUGCAAGUUUCCCCUGAUUCUGCAACUGUUGCGUACUUAUCCAAAGGGGGUAAAGCGUACCUAUAUGACCUCAGGACCAGUGAUGAACCGAGAGUUUUCGAAAGUUUAACCGCCCCAGGUAGAGUGGCUAUUUCACCAGACUGGCGACUCCUUGUGACUACGUCAUGGAACAAAAUGGUCAUUUGGGAAAUCUCGACAAACCAUAUUGUUAAGGUUCUACAGGACAUUCGGGAAUGUAGAGGUAAUCAGCCUAUUGAGGCUGUGAUGUUCUCGCCUGACUCAAAGCAUGUCUUCGUCCUGUACAAGACUUGUCUUCUUAUGAGUGAUAUAGAGUCAUUGAGCGAUCUAGCUGUGGUUAUGGACUUUUCCAAUUAUCCAGGAUUUCCACGGUCGCUGAUUGUCUCAGCAGAUUUGGGAAGAAUUAUUCUUGGUUCAAGCUGGAGAAUGGUUAACCGCGAGGAGGGGAGGAUUCCAGGUGAAGGAGCACCUUUAUGGCGCAAAAGUCAAGAUGAAAUAGAACUAUGGGACUACAAGGCAAAGGUGGCAAUACAAGUGUUUAGUAAGCACAACUUGCAAUAUAACAUCAGCGCUAUAUAA